CAGUAGAAUAACCCGUGUAACUGAUGCGUACUGAGCAGUAGAAUAACCCGUGUAACUGAUGCGUACUGAGCAGUAGAAUAACCCGUGUAACUGAUGCAUUCUGAGCAGUACUCCUUCUUUCUCCUCUUCCCAUUCACUCUCUUCCCAAUUUUCCUCAUCUUUUCCCAACUUCCUAUCCUCCCCUCUUUCUCCAGGCUGAGAGAGAAUCUGAGGGAGAAACACUGUCGUCAUGUAGCUGAUCUGAAGGCUUACUAUGAGGCGGAGAUCAAACUCCUCAGAGACAAACUGGACCUGAGAGACCUGCCACACGACCUAGAGCAGAGCAACCACACACUCAGACAGAGGUGUGCUCAGCUAGAGAGGGCUCUGUCUGAAGCCAGCAGCCGUAUCCAGGAGCUGGAGAACAAGAACUCCAUCCUGGAAAAACAACUGGCUGACUGGCCGGAGCGCUACGCCACAGCCUGCUCCACGGCAACGUCCCUGCAGCAGCGAUUGGACGAAAACAGGCGGUCAGUCAGGGAGAAGGACGCCUCAGCUGGCUGCCUCAGGACCCGGGUCCGGCAGCUAGAGGAGGCCUUGGAGAACACCUGCAGAGAAACAGAAGAGAAGGAGGCCAGGAGGGAGAGGGAGUACAAGAUGCUGCAGGACCUUCUGGGGGAGUAUGACUCUCUGAGGAAAGAGCACGAGGGGGUGAAGGACAACCUGAUGUCUUCAGAGAACAAGCUGUUUGAUGCCAACGAGCAGAUCUCUAGACUAAAAAGGGUGAUCUGUAAGAUGGAGAGCCAGGUGAAUCAACUGGAUUAUGUGAACCAGGCCAGGAGUCGCCAGGCCGUCCAGAACCACACACAGUCCUCUGGAGCUGGUCUGUACCACCAUCCGGACCUGCUGCUGUCCCCCAGCAAACACCCUCGGCAACAAGAAUCCACAUAUAGGAUAUCUCCUUGCCCUCAAACUGACCAAUCACAUAGCACCAGGAAGUCUCCUCGUCCUCAAACUGACCAAUCGCCGAGUUACAGGAUGUCUCCUUGCCCUCAAACUGACCAAUUGGGCAGCUACAGGAAGUCUCCCUGUCCUCAAACUGACCAAUCAGGCAACUCGUGCCACACUGGCAGCAGGAGGUGUUCGUCCCCUCCAGAGAGUGAGCAGCCCCAGAACCAGGGUGGGGGUGUGAGGGAGGCUCGGGGGCCUCUGACCCCACUGAUGAGGGCCCUGAUAGAGCUUGAGGAGACCAGGACCACUGAGGGCCGGGCCCCCUGGUUGGGCAGCCGGAGGCCUACUGUUGGCUUCAUAGAGAGAAACCACAGAGAACCACAAACACAGGACCUUGACAGGGCUAUGGAGGAUGUGGCUGGCCUAGAGACGGGAAUGUCCGGGACAGUCAGGGGUGUGUCUCUGCUGAGAGCCCAGAGAAGUCUGUCUCCAGAAGGCCACAGGUCCUCCUCUCUGCCCCCCCGCACCCAGAGGACCACCUUCCCCCCUACUACACCCACUAAGAGGGAGACCCUAAUGAUGCCUCUGUCAGCUAAGUCCAGCCCCAAACGCUGUCCUGCAGAGAACUACUCCACUGCCUUUGGCAACCCAUCACCACGACAACAGCUACACACCAGGUUUGACGUGGCGUUAGACCAGAGACGCCACUCCUUCCACAACUCCAGCCCCAGGAAGAGACUGUUCCCAGAAGCCUCCCAGCGGUCGUCUGGUGGCUCAGUGGAGUCCUCAGGCAGUGUUGACCCCCAGGAGGGUGUCUUUGGGCUGGGCUGGCAGGAGCAAGGGACUGGGGGGUCAUGCUCAGACCUCCAGGACCCAGGGACAGACCUCCAGACCAGGCUCCACUCCCUGGCCGACGCUGAGAGGAUGUUAGACGAGCUCACUAUGGAGAAACAACAGAUUGAGUCAGCGUUGAGCCGGAUGCCUGGAUCUGGUGGGAGGGUGAGCUUGCAGACCAGGUUAGAUGAGGUGGCCUUAGAGAACCGUCUAGAGAGAGUAAACCGUGACCUGGGUUCCAUCCGCAUGACCCUGAAGAGGUUCCACGUUCUACGCUCCUCUGCCAACAUAUAGCAAUGUUUUUAUUAGAUGACGUCAUAGGUAGGGCCUAGAGUUUUUCUGGUCAGUUUGCAUGGUCAGGAAAUACUCCUGGUCCUAGCUAUAGAUGACUAGAUAUCAACUCUGUGUCCUAGUUAUAGAACUAGUUCUAGUUUUCUGUGCAGUAGAUUGAUACAGAGCCCAUAUUGUCCUCUCUUAACUCUCUCUCUGUAUCAUGACCCACAGUCUUUUCUACACAUAACUCGGGGAUAUUUUUCUAUAUGUUUGGAAGAUCUCACUAUUUGUGGAGUAUAUUUUUUUGAAAUGCGCAGGUUUGUAAAGUCGUUUACUCUUUUUUUUUUUAUGUUUAAAAAAAUACAAAUAUUAUAUGCUUUACUUGCCAUAUUCAGGUCAAUUAUGUCGAUUUUUCAAUAUGGAAGAACCUCCUAAUAUCCAGCAGAGACAUGUACCCAUCUGGAAUGUAUCACUGCCACCUCUGUCUACAUUUUUAUGCAUUGUUUUAAAAUGUUUUAUUCAUCGUACACCGCAUACAAUUGUAUUUAUUACAUUGCAUUUUUAUGUGUUCAUUACAAUGGUGCGUUUAAAAAAAAUUAUUAGAAUAAUAAUCUUUAUAGCCUACAAUGUUCAAUUCUACAAUUUUUGUAUGACCAAGCUAGUAUUAUAUUCUUCAGUUUCACCAUUACUUGAUCCUUUACAAAAACCUUGUACUGUAGCACAUUUUUAAUUGCUUUCCUUUUUCCAUUUUUAUAUAUAUAUAUAUUUUUUAUCUCCUUUGAACAUUCCAUUUGUUUUGUGUUAAUUCCAUGUUGUGAAGGGAGGGAUUUCACCAGUACCUAACCACCCUCUCUUCUCUGUAUACUAUGGAUCUCAUGCAAAAACCAAACCAGCACACAUUUGAAAUAAUAAACACACACACUGCUUGUUGUAAUGCAUGGUAGUUGCACUGUUUCAGUUUCUUUGGUCAAGUUGUGUUUUAUUAACAAUUUUUGCAGUUUGCAAUGACUUGAAAUUAACCUCACUGGAACAAAAAAUGUACUGUUUGCGCACAAUAAAUAAUGCUUACAUUAUUA